CUGUGGUAGCUCCACAUCCCACACACGCAGCGCAGCUCAUUAGCACAAGUGUUGUGACCUUGCUAGUUGACUGUUCCGUGCAUGUAGCUAGUCUCUAUGAUGAUGGUUCCACAGUGCCUCCUUCUCUUCGUUGCUGUUUGCAUCUCUCUGUGCACAUCAAGUAAUGGAGUUGCAGCUGCUGAUCAUACUUUGAUUUAUGUGAGCCAGAGCAGUGUUGUCCAUGAUUCGACCUGCUGGACUGGAGGUCUUGUAAAGCCUUGUUCCUCACUGGACCUUGCACUAGAGGGGGUCCACAACAUGUCCAACAGCAUCCCCCCUGCAUGGGUAGUCCUGCUACCUGGAGAGUAUCCUCUAAACAGUAUGCAACACUCCAUAUUUGGUACUCAAAUUCGAGAUUUUGGAAUAAUUGCUAACGAUUCUACGAUAAUGCCAACUAUUAGUUGCGGUGAAGAUGUUGGAUUCAGCUUCAUCAAUGUGUCAGGGAUAACUUUGCAGAAUGUCAUAUUCAAUGAAUGUGGUUCGAUACAGCCGUCUACGUCAUCAAAGAGGAACAGCAAUGUAACUAAGUUUUGGGAGUUUCGAAUUGGAUUGUAUUUUGUUAAUUGCUCUGACAUUUGGUUUGAACACACUUGGGUGAACAAUACCAGAGGAAUUGGAGCAUUCUUGUUCAGUUCCUAUGGAACCAAUUUAUUUCAUAACAGUCGGUUCCACGGUAACAGUGCGAUAAAGAACGAGGAUUACCCAGCAGGAGGUGGUCUCUAUGUUGAGUACUCCAGUUGCAUCCCAACAAGUGCAACCGUCUGCAUUAAUCUCACUCAGUAUAGCUCCAGUACACUGGAUAUUAAUAACUGCACAUUUGAGAACAAUUCUGGGGAAGUUUUGGAGAUUAUCUCUACGGCUGAUAACUGGCUACUGCCUACGGGCUCAGGGCACUCCUCUAUUGGCAGAGGGGGUGGGUUGUCGAUUACUAUCGAAGGCGAAUCAAAGAACAUCAACGUGAGUAUCACAGAGACAAUCUUCAAAGGAAACAAAGCACUGUUCGGAGGUGGUUUAUUUGUGGAGUUCCAUGACAAUGCUAGGCACAAUAUAUUGAACGUACAGGACACGUCCUUCAUCAAUAACUCGGUGAAGGUCCAUAAAAAGAUUGACAGUGGAGGAGGUGGAGUGAGGGUGGGUCUAAUAUUCUACCAGCCCUCUCAUGUGCUCAAUAACUCAAUAACUUUCAACUACUGCAAGUUUAUGAGCAACAAAGCGAAGUGGGGUGGAGGAGUCUCGUUCUAUGCAGCAAGAGAACACAAUGUAUUGGUGCCCUCCAAUAACCUGUCCUUCAACUGGUGCACAUGGUCUAACAACACUGCAUGGCUUGGAGCUGCCGUGGAUUUGGAUCUCUGGGAUGCCAGUUCUGUUGGUCUUCCAGUUGUUGCGAACUUUUAUCAUUCCCAAGUCUAUAAUAACUCAGUGAUGCGAGCCAAUUGGACACUAAUGGGAGCAGCUGCCUUCUACAUUGACACUGUACCUAUUAAAUUCUCUGGGUUUAGCUAUUUCGUUCAAAACAAUGGGUCAGCUCUGGUUGCUUCUGGUUCCUCAAUCACUUUGGAGGGAAACACUUAUCUCCUGUUCCAAGAAAACAAUGGAAGAAAUGGGGGAGCAAUUCAAUUGGUUGGAAACUCAUUUAUAACUGUUGGAGAUGGUUCAUUUAUUGAUUUUUUACAGAAUACAGCCGAGCAAAAGGGAGGAGCGAUAUUUGUGCAAACUGUCAGCAAACAUGAUCUGAUAACAACUUCACCAAACUGUUUCAUACGCUACGAGAACAUCACUGUACUCCCCAAAGACUGGGAGUCGGUUUUUGUUUUCAGCAAGAACAAGGCAAAUGGAAAGAACAACUCAAUUUACAUGACCACCACUGCACCUUGUGAAUGGCAUGAUGGUCAGAAUACCACCAGUGGAUCUAAUGGAACAGCUCUGUGUUGGAUUAAUUGGUCAUACUUUGAUGAUAAUGGUGUAGCAGACAAUUGCAGACAUCAAAUUGAAACAGACCCUGAGGAAUUUACAACUAACUCUUCGGUUAUUGACAAACGAUGGAUAAUACCUGGAAUGCAAUCAACUCUAUCGGAUAAUUUUCAUGUGGUGGAUGAUUUUGGAAACAAUGCUACUGAUAGGUUAGUGCUCACAGCGAGUAUCCGAGAAACUAUCACUUACAAUAAUACUGCAAACACUAGUAAAGUUAUCGAACCACAUGCAUUCAUUCAGCCGUACAUAGCAAACAAUACCUUCACCAUGUAUGGGAAAACCAACAAUACUUAUAUUGUGGAACUGUACACAAUGGACCCGAGAGUAGUUUACACAACUAUGCAAGUGGAGCUGCUCCCGUGCCCUUUUGGGUUUGUGAACAAUGUGCAUCAAGACAAGCACUUCUCUUGUGAGUGUGAUAAUAGUAAACCAUCCUUUAAUGGCAUUGUGGAGUGUUCGAGAGUCAACUUCACCUCAAGUCUCAACCUCCUCGGUCAAUGGGCGGGGCUGAAUCAGAGGACGGGACAUCGGGUGGCAGGGUCCAGUCCGUACACCAAUAACCUCAAUAGAACACAGUUGACACUACCUCCAAUCAAUGAAACGUUAAACCCUGGAGACUAUUUCUGCAAGCCAGUGAACAGAAUGGAUGUGCUUUGUGGAAAAUGCCGUAAUGGUACCGGACCAUCGAUAAACUCUGAGAGCUACAAGUGUGUUGAGUGUCCACCUGGAAUUCAGUACUACAGCUGGUUGCUUUACAUCGGCACAGAGAUUCUGCCACUCACUAUAUUUUUUCUGGUCCUAAUAUUAUUCAACGUUAGCCUGACGUCUGGAGCUGCUAAUGCAUUCAUUUUCUUCAGUCAGAUAAUUACGACCACGUUUGGCAUCUACACAUCCAGCAGUGGCCCAUACCAUGCAAUGAGAGAGGCCUACAGACUCGUGUAUGGAAUAUGGAAUCUGGACAUUUUCAGCUCGCUCCCAUUUUUUCAGUACUGUUUGAAUCCGAACUUGGACACAAUCACAGUGAUCUUACUCGAGUACAUUAUUGCAUUCUACCCUCUCCUAGUUAUCAUUAUACUCUACUCUAUAGUUGCCCUGUACAACCGUGGCCUCAGGCCUAUUACAUGGCUGUGUACACCUGCUCGUCUCUGCUUCAUUAGACUCAGGAAUGUUUGGAACCCAAAGAACUCUCUCAUCGAUGCAAUUGCUGCCUUCAUUCUACUGUCCUACUCGAGAAUGGUACAGACUUCACUUAAGCUUCUUCGCUAUUCUACUCUAGUCCAUGAAAAUGGAUCCUGUGAGAGCCACGUUGUGUACUAUGAUGGUACCAUGCCGGCUUAUGAAGGAAAGCAUAUCAUCUUUGUGGUCAUAGCUGUGUUUGUUUUGCUAGUAUUCGUAGUCACUCCACCGCUUGUGCUAAUCCUCUACCCUCUCAAAGUGUUCCAUCGUCUCACCAGUGUCUGCUGCUCCUUGAGUGGAGGGAGAUUUGAACAGUUUUUGAAUGCAUUCUACGGCUCCUUUAAGGAUGGUGCUAAAGAAGGAAAGAAGGAUUACCGAUUCUUUGCUGGUCUAUAUCUACUCUAUCGCGGAGUGUUUGCAGUCAUCAGGUUUGUACCUAAUUGGGCUUUGACCUACUUGCUGCAAAAUAUAUUCUGUUUGUUGGCCAUCAUCAUGUUUACUACACUCAGACCUUAUCGUAACGACUUGCACAACACAUUCGAUGCUUGCAUAUUUGCUCUACUUCUUCUCAUUAGUCUCCUUAACCAGUUUAAUUUCAACCAAGUUUAUCUGGAAAGUGAUCAACAAGUCUCUCCCCUCAUCUUCUCGCUCGAGUACAUACUAAUCUGGGUACCUUUUGUUGUCGUUGUCUGCCUCCUCAUCUACUGGAUGUGUAAAAGCUACGUCAAGAAAAUAAAAAAACAAGUUCAACGAACACAAGCACUGGAAGCAACACUGUCCCAUGUGGACAUAAUGCCCAGAGCUAGUAGUGUUGAUGAUGAUAACAGUAUAAUGCGUUUGAUGGAUGAGCGGCCAAUGAUGUACAACUACGGGAGCAUCAAUACAUCACCAAUACCCAGCUCUGAUACGGAGGGAUCUGUGGAAGGUGGUGGCAAGUCGAGCAGCAACCAAUCACAUCGCACCGUGAGCAGCAAGGGAUCAUCCAAGUCGGACACACCCAUUCUUUAGAAUUAAAACUGAUUAGCAUAACUUUUUACCAAAAAUGGUUAACGCGUGUUAUUAAUUUUACUGUCGUGUAUAAUUAUAUCUAACCCCCUCAUUUUUUUUCACAAUUAACAAAUUGAGCAGUUUAUGA